UGGGCUGAGCGAGGCAGCGCCGCCCGCUUAGCCUUCCCCUCCGAUGACCUCGGCCGCGCUCCCCGCCCCUCGCCUGCGGCCAGACGCCUGGCGCCCCUGGGCUAGCCUCCCUUGCCCCGCCACCUCCUCUUUCUCGGCGUUUUCCUUCUCCUCCUCCCCCGCCUCUUCCGUUUCUGGAGGGAAAGGCUGCAGCCUCCUUCUGUGCUCCGCAUCCCCAGCGUAGGUGAUACGGUUUCCUCCUUACUUCCCCUCGCCCCGGCGCCACCACCCUGCGGUCCCUCCCCAGGAUCAGUCCCUUGGUCCGGAGGAACAGCACCCUGCCGAUCGCCCCCCGAGACAGCAGCUGACAGCGGAGAGGGUGGGUGCUGGUUCCACCCACAGCUGCAACUGGAAAGCAAGGUUCAGAAAUGUCAGCGGUCCUCCGGGAGCUGCUCCGUGUCUCUGAGAAAGCUGCCAACAUUGCCCGGGCAUGCAGGCAGCAGGAAGCUCUCUUCCAGCUGCUGAUAGAAGAAAAAAAAGAAGGAGAAAAGAACAAGAAGUUUGCCGUUGAUUUCAAGACCCUGGCUGAUGUACUGGUACAGGAAGUUAUAAAACAGAAUAUGGAGAACAAGUUUCCAGGCUUGGGAAAAAAUAUUUUUGGAGAGGAAUCCAAUGAGUUUUCUAAUGAUUUGGGAGAAAAGAUUAUCUUGAGACUGUGUCCAACAGAGGAAGAAACAGCAGAGCUUCUUAGCAAAGUCCUUAAUGGGAACAGGUUGGCAUCUGAAGCAUUAGCCAAGGUUGUUCAUCAAGAUGUUGCCUUUACUGACCCAACUCUGGAUUCAGCAGAGAUCACCAUUCCACAGGACAUUUUGGGAGUUUGGGUGGAUCCCAUAGAUUCAACUUAUCAGUAUAUAAAAGGUUCAGCUGACAUUAAAUCCAACCACGGAAUCUUCCCCAGUGGACUUCAAUGUGUCACCAUUUUGAUUGGUGUCUAUGACAUACAGACAGGGGUGCCCCUGAUGGGAGUCAUCAACCAGCCUUUCGUAUCGCAAGACCUAAAUACCCUCAGGUGGAAAGGACAGUGCUACUGGGGCCUUUCUUACAUGGGAACCAACAUCUACUCACAUCAGCCCCCCAUCUCUAAAAGAAAUGGCAGCGAACCUCGGAGCCAACUGACUGAAGACGCCAGCUCCGAGGCUGAAUCCUCGCACCAUUUUUCAGCUGUCAUUAGUACAAGUGAAAAGGAGACUAUCAAAGCUGCACUGUCACGUGUAUGUGGAGAUCGCAUAUUCCGGGCAGCUGGGGCUGGUUACAAGAGCCUGUGUGUUGUCCAGGGCCUUGUUGACAUUUACAUCUUUUCAGAAGAUACCACAUUCAAGUGGGACUCUUGUGCUGCUCAUGCCAUACUCAGGGCCAUGGGUGGGGGAAUGGUAGACUUCAAAGAAUGCUUGGAUAGAAAUCCAGAAACGGGGCUUGAUUUGCCACAGUUGGUGUACCACGUGGAAAACAAAGGUACUAGUGGGGUGGAUCGGUGGGCUAACAAGGGAGGACUAAUUGCCUACAGAUCAAGCAAGCAGCUGGAGACAUUCCUGAGCCUCCUCAUCCAAAACCUCGCACCUGCAGAUACAUGCCCAUAGACAAACCUUUUCCUCAGUGUACUGGUAAACCAAACUGUGAAACUCUCUCCCAAAUCUGUCUUUUGAAGAUAGCUUUGUCCUAUAGGUGGUCAACAUUCAUCUUCCUCUUUUGAGGAGCAUUUUUCCAUUAUGUGUUCAUAAUAAUGUUAAUAUCAGUAAAUAAAUGACUUUCAUGCA